CGGAGACAGCGGGACUGUGAUCGAGAUUUCCGCGCGUUUGAUUGGCGGAGCGAGAGUGCUGGUCUCCGCGGAUUGGUGCCGGGGAAAUCCGCCCCGAAGACGUCUGCCGAGCUCAAGGUUUCAGUUGUCGGCUUGUUUCCCGCCAUCUGUCGGUCCUGCGUUGCAGUUAUGGUGGACGUGAUGGAGUUGCCCAAAUCGCGCAUCAACGCCAGCAUGGUAACUCAGUUCAUCGACCAGCCGGUCUGCUUCGUAGGGAGGCUGGAGAAGAUUCAUCCCACUGGAAAAAUGUUUAUUCUUUCAGAUGGAGAAGGAAAAAAUGUAACCAUUGAGUUGAUGGAGCCUCUUGAUGAAGAAAUCUCUGGAAUCGUGGAAGUGGUUGGAAGAGUCACAGGCAAAGCAACCAUUAUGUGUGUCUCUUAUAUCCAGUUUAAAGAAGAUAACCAUCCUUUUGAUCUUGGACUUUAUAAUGAAGCUGUGAAAAUUAUCCAUGAGUUCCCUCAGUAUUUUCCUUUGGGUGUUGUGCAGCAUGGUUGAACCUGAUGAAUUUUAUGAUUGCAAAUAAACUACAUUGAAGACUAUUAAUGGAGGCCCCUGAUACUUGAGGAAGAGAUUCUUGUGAUUUUUUUUUUAAUGUUUAAAACAUUUCUUUAAAUUUUUAAAGAAAAAGUUCAAUUUCAUUAACCUAACUUUAUCUGAUCUUCCAGUAUGUCAUUUUUGAUGGAACUGGAAUAUUGACACUUCUCACCUAGUCUUUGUAAAGAAUCACAUCUCUGGCAUGUGGUCAGAUUAGAUGCGAGAAUGAAGCAGUUGGCUGAGUUUUAGUUUCUAUUAUUAAUAAAAGUAUAAAAGUGUA